UAAAUAUAUAUGAUAUAUAAACAAAAGAAUAUACAUAUAUAUAUCUAUGAAUUUAUAUGCGUAUCACUGUGAACCAAGAGAAGCAAGAGGAAAUUUCUAUCAUCGGGGCUGGUCUCUGAUUGUGUGGUCGUAUACAAUAUUUUGAAUAUUUCCUUUGAUCUUCUACGUCAAGAGGACAAAGACUACGUGCCCAUUUUGUAUUUUUUGUUUUCCUGUUUCCCGUCCCUCUUGAUCUUUUUUUUUUUUUUCUACAUCCGAGAGGAAUAAAGCGGAGAGUGACAGGAUUUGACGAAAAAGGGAAAACCUGUAGAAAUUCCUGUGAUUAGUGUUAUUUCCAUCGGCAUUAGCACUCUGUGAGCCGAUCACAGCUUGCUGUGUGAGAUCUGAGGAGGCAGCACAGACAGAGUGCCACGCCGCUCAGCUCAGCGUCAGCCCAGCCAGCAUGCACAAACACCACCACUGCUGCAAGUGCCCAGAAUGUUAUGAGGUGACCCGUAUGGCUGCCCUGCGUAGGAUGGACGCCCCGUCAUAUGGAGGAGACUGGCAGGCCGAGCCCUAUGGAUACCCGCCUGGGUACGGGGGAGGCCAGACCUUACCCCCUCCGGCCUCAGGGGGAGGUGGAAGCAUGGGAGGAGGAGGGGGCACUUUGGGGAGAAGUAAGGGCAAGAUCAUGUCUGGUGGGGGCCCUGGAGGCCCCAACCCAAAGGGCCAAUCCAAGGGUGCCCCCAAAGUAAACGGCAACAACUCCAGUGGACAGGGAGGAUGGUGGCCCGAGUGCACCUGUACCAACCGGGAGUGGUAUGACCAGGCCAACCCUCCCCCCAUCAUCGUCAACGCAGACUCACUAGAUGCAGGCCCUUAUGUAAAUGGCAGUGAUGGGAUGUACAAAUAUGAAGAGAUCAUUUUAGAGAGGGGGAACUCUGGCUUGGGCUUUAGCAUUGCUGGAGGAAUAGACAAUCCCCACAUUCCUGAUGAUCCGGGGAUCUUCAUCACAAAGAUUAUCCCUGGAGGAGCAGCUGCUAUGGAUGGAAGGCUGGGGGUGAAUGACUGCGUGCUGCGUGUGAACGAAGUGGACGUGUCUGAGGUGGUUCACAGUCGGGCGGUGGAAGCCCUGAAGGAGGCGGGGCCGGUAGUGAGGCUGCUGGUCCGACGGAGACAGGCACCACCCGAGACGAUUCUGGAGGUCAACCUGCUGAAAGGGCCCAAAGGGCUUGGAUUCAGCAUCGCCGGAGGGAUCGGCAACCAACAUAUCCCAGGAGACAACAGCAUCUAUAUUACCAAGAUCAUAGAAGGAGGAGCUGCCCAAAAAGAUGGACGGCUGCAGACUGGAGACCGCUUGCUAGCUGUGAACAACAUCGUGCUACAGGACGUGCGUCAUGAGGAGGCAGUGGCUGCGCUGAAGAACACCUCUGAUAUGGUUUACCUCAAGGUGGCCAAGCCAGGACCUGUGCAUCUCAACGACAUGUACGCCCCUCCAGACUACUCCAGCAGCCUGGCCCUCCCCCCAGCCUUCCCCACCAUGGUGGACAACCACGUCAGCCACAACUACAUGGGUGCAAUGGAACCCAAACCAGUGUACCCACCGCCCCAGGUCACCCCGUCCAGGUACUCGCCAGUUCCCCGCCACAUGAUGGGGGAGGAAGACUUCACAAGGGAGCCAAGGAAGGUGUUGCUGCACAAGGGCUCCACAGGCCUGGGCUUCAACAUUGUUGGUGGGGAGGAUGGAGAAGGCAUCUUCGUCUCCUUCAUCCUGGCAGGAGGGCCGGCUGACCUGAGCGGUGAACUGAGGAGGGGAGACCGGAUUCUCUCGGUGAAUGGAGUGAACCUAAGGAAUGCCACACAUGAGCAGGCAGCUGCAGCGCUGAAGAGAGCUGGACAGACUGUCACCAUCAUAGCUCAGUACAGGCCUGAAGAGUAUAGUCGCUUUGAGUCCAAGAUCCACGACCUGAGGGAGCAGAUGAUGAACAGCAGCAUGAGCUCAGGAUCAGGCUCCCUGCGCACCAGUGAGAAACGCUCCCUCUAUGUCAGAGCUUUGUUUGACUAUGAUCGAACGAGGGACAGCUGCCUGCCCAGCCAAGGCCUGAGCUUCUCUUAUGGGGAUAUCCUUCAUGUCAUAAACGCUUCUGAUGACGAGUGGUGGCAGGCGAGGCUGGUCACGCCACAUGGAGAAAGCGAACAGAUUGGGGUCAUUCCGAGCAAGAAAAGAGUUGAGAAGAAAGAGCGGGCCAGGUUAAAAACAGUCAAGUUCCACGCCAGGACAGGCAUGAUUGAGUCCAACAGGCCAGUCAAAGUAAAGCGCAAAAAAAGCUUCAACCUCUCACGCAAGUUCCCGUUUUACAAGAGCAAGGAGAAUAUUGUGCAGGAGUUGGUGGAGUCUGAACAAUGCCUGACGUCCAACACAAGUGACAGUGAAAGCAGUUCGAAGGGACAGGAGGACACAAUUCUUUCCUAUGAGCCAGUCAUUCGACAGGAAAUUCACUACACAAGGCCUGUGAUCAUACUGGGCCCCAUGAAGGACCGAGUAAAUGAUGACCUCAUCUCUGAGUUUCCCCACAAGUUUGGCUCCUGUGUACCCCAUACGACUCGUCCGAGGCGAGAGAACGAGAUGGACGGCCAGGACUACCACUUUGUGGGAUCGCGAGAACAAAUGGAGAAAGACAUUCAGGAUAAUAAAUUCAUUGAGGCUGGCCAGUUCAAUGAGAACCUCUAUGGGACGAGCAUCUUGUCUGUCAGAACUGUGGCUGAGAGGGGGAAACACUGCAUUCUGGAUGUGUCUGGGAAUGCCAUAAAACGACUGCAGCAAGCACAACUUUAUCCGAUUGCCAUCUUUAUUAAACCAAAAUCCAUUGAAGCCCUAAUGGAAAUGAAUAAGAGGCAGACGUACGAGCAGGCCAAUAAAGUCUUUGACAAGGCAGUUAAGCUGGAGCAAGACUUUGGAGAGUAUUUCACAGCUAUUGUACAGGGUGACUCACUAGAGGAGAUCUACAACAAAAUCAAGCUAAUCAUCGAGGAGCAGUCUGGUCCCUACAUCUGGAUCCCCUCCUCAGAGAAGCUCUGAGCUUCCCGCCGUCCCCCUUCUGCCUCCCAGAGACCCCACCCAAGCCCAAAUAGCCCCCCUCCUCACCUCCUUUUUGCAGAUAUGUUUCAUAUCAAGUUUUAGUGUCAUCAUUAUGUUACUCUCUAAAUGAAAAAGAAGUCUUAUCACCAUUACUGUGACUGUGCACACCCCUGCAUGAGUUUCUCAACAAAAUCCAUUCAAGACUGGAAAUGCCAUUCCAAAGGAAUUUGUCAACAAAAGGGAAAAAGGAAUAAAUCCUUUUGUGAACUAGGACUGACUGAAGAUCAGAAUGUUACAGAAAUCUGGAGAGAGGAGUUGGAUUCAAAGAGAAGUUGCAGGGAAACAGAGACAAAUCAUACCAAGUUGGAACACUUUGUAAAUGUUCAUCAAAUCACAUUUAAAAAGACACCCAAGAUGAGAAGUGAAGACCAAUUAAGGUUUUUUUUUUUCUUUCUUUUCUAAAGACUGGAUAAAAAUCGAGCCCUGCUGAUGGUACUGUUCAAGGAGUCAUCUCUCUUGUUUAUAAUGACUGAGGAAAUUAGUGGAGCCUACAAACUGGUGAUCUAUUUAUCACAAACCAGCUUGCUGUUUGGUCGUCUGCCAGUUGUCUGUGCUGCAGCUGAUAAAGACAUCUCUGGAGGCAGAUCAAGAGGAAGAAACGCGUUGUGAAUCUCUACAUUUAUAUUAUGAAAUCACAAGAUAAAUGAUAAACCCCACUGAGAUUUUCCUACAUAUUAAAUACUACACAUUUUACACUUCACUAGAAUUGUCAAUUUGGAGGGCUGUUAAAUUUCUUUUAUUUUUUCUUUGUGGGAUUUUUUGCUUGUGGUUUUUAGCUGCUCUGUGUAAAGGUUGGAGGUAGAGAAGUGUAACUGGGCUCUCUGCAAAACACCAAACUGCCUUAGAUCAAAUACAAAUUCUGUUUUGUGACUGACUACCUGUUGUCUGUGAGGGAGGCUGCACACAAUUGACAAGGAAAAGAGAGGAAACAUUCAAAUCUUUUCUUACUUGUGUCAUCCAGCUGCCAGGAGGCCUGACUUGAGUGCAAUAGUUAAAAACGAAGUCUCACCUCUUCAAUAGAUAAAACAAAGUCUCGCCUCUGUGGGCGCCUUUUCUCGCCUGCACUUCAACCUUCCUUCCUGCGUAAUUAAAGAAUUUGGCCAUUUGAUUACAAUUUGGACAGCCAGAGCCUCCUAACUCAUGUUGAGCAGCAGACCACCCUAUUACACUCUCUGCCUUCCAAGAGGAUUCUCUUCCGAUUGAAUGGUCAUAUGGUACUGUCCUAUCUGCCGCCAUAACGGUGGCCUUAAAACGGGUAGAACAAGACAAUAAUUGUAUUGGAUGUCCUAACAAUUAAAGAGUUAAUAUAACCUGUUUUGGAUUGUCCCCCUGUACCCCUACCAAAAAUAACACUAAAGUUGGGUUUGAUUAAAACCUACAUGCUUUGUGUAUCUCUACACGUAUAAAUUCUUGAUGAAUCUGUUGUUGGCAGGUACUGAACCACUGUGUUGAGCUCUUAGUGUGUCUAGGGUGAGCUAGACCAGCUCAGGAAUCUUUAACGUACAGAUACCAUUUCCCCUGCGACUGAAAGGGCCAUGUUUUGGCAAUGACACAGAGUUCAUAGCUGUCAAAUGUGAACAAGUACUUCUAGUACAAUUUCAACUCAACAGUGUAAUCGGGCUGUAUCAUGUGUCUUCUCUUUUUCGUGAGGUGGCGAGUUUGUUCAAGGCCGUCGGGGCGAUAACCUUUUGAGUUGGCUGUAUGGCAUCACCAGGAUUGAAAUGACCUGCUCCACCCUCCCAUGCAGAUCUUGGCACUGUAUGUUAAUGUGUGCAUGUGAGAGAGCGCGUCUGAAGGAGUACUGUGGCCCCUGAUCCUGUGAACGUUCUCGCUUUCCUCCUCAGCUUUUUGAAGAGCGCAAAGGAAUUUUUUUUUUUUUUCUUCUCAGAGAGCCAGACCCAACAGGAAGUGGUAACCUAAGACCUCUGGGUCCCCUGCUCUCUCCCACCCACAGAGCACCUGUACCUGCAGGCAUUUUCUGAACAGGUGUGCCCACCUGCCAGGCACCACUGCUAAACCAGCUGUCAUUACCUGUGUCAAAACCAGAGUUCAGGGAAUAACCGAAGGGAACAGAGCCAUUUAUAAACUGCUUGCAGACUGUUUCAAAGGGUGUGGUAGCUGUACAAUGUAAAUAAGCCCCCAGCAGAUCCCCCUCACCUGUGCUUCAUGCAUGUGUGAAUCAAACUGAGACAAAUGUUUUAUAGACCACAAAUGUCAGGUAAGUAAAGUUUGAGCUACUAUUUGAGAUAUAAUUUCCAUACAAAUGUGCUGUAUUGUUGGUAUUUCUCUUCAAAUGCCUAUUGGAAAUUAACUAGUCAGUUGGGAAUUAAUUUCCCUAAAGUAGGGCCUGUCUACAUGUGAUUUCUUGUGGAACGUGUCUGGGUGUAUAGAUUUUAAAAAUAUAUUGUAAAAUAAUUAAAGAGAUGCAGGCAGAAACCUACACAAUAUCACAGAAACCAGGAGCAUUGAUCAAUACAUCAUUAGAAGUUUAGAAUUGGUCCUCUCUGGUGUUUAGUUGAAAUGCAGCUGACUGUUAACAAUGUGUGUGGUAUUUAUACCUCAGUCAGUCAUGUCAAAGCCCAAAGAACUUGAUUUCAUUUUGCUCUUUCCAUUGAGGUUGUGGUAUAUAACAAGAUGGAACCUGAAUGCCUCUGUGUGUGUAUAAUUGAUGAGGGUCUUUGUUCUGAUGAGAGGAAAUGAUGACAUAUAUGCUUUUAAUUUUGGGUGGGGGGGUCAGGGUUCUUGUUUGUACUUUUGGGUGAUGAUGUUUAUGUUAUAGCACAUCUGUGCAGUAAGUGCUUGCAAACAUGAACCCUUUGAUUGUACAGUAGUUUCUUCCUGUCACUGCAGGUGGUACAGCCUAUCAGGACACUUGGCCUCAUGGUCUUCCCUGUCCUAGUCAUGAGGGAACACAGUCCUGCAACUUUUGUUUGGGUUUUAUUUUGGGACUUGACAAGAGUUUAUUUGUUUGAAAAUAAAAUAUGUGACUCAGU